GGAAGCCAACAGCCCUCGGUCCCGGCGCCAUGGACCUGGUUAUCACGCAGGAGCUGGCCCGCGCCCAGAGCCAGCAGGAUGACGCCUCCCUGAGGAGGGCUUAUGAGCUGAUUAAAUCGGCCAACCUGGGCAAAUCAGAGUUUGACCCCAUGGAAAGCUUCAGCCCCGACCUGUUUGUUUUGUGUGCAGAACAGGCCCUGAAGAUGGGGCACCCCGAGAUGAGCGACGACUGCAUCCAGAUGUACUUCAAGGUGAAGGGGCCAGUCACCCAGUUCCUGGGCCGAGCGCACCUAUGCAGGGCCCAGCUCUGUGCCCCCAAGUCCGCAGAAAACCUGGAGGAAUUUGAAAAUUGUGUUACUCAGUACAUGAAGGCGAUAAACUUUGCGAAAGGAGAGCCCAGGUAUUACUUCCUGGUGUAUAACGCAUCGGUCCUCUACUGGCAAAUGGUGAGGCCAUUUCUCAAGCCAGGGUAUCAUCGCCAUGUGAUCUCCAGCCUCUCCCAAAUCGUCCACGUGUUAAAUCAGACUGAGGAAGAGGACAAGGAGUGGCGGGCAGAGCUGAUGCUGGAGCUUCUGGACUGUUAUCUACAAGCUGGAAAGAAGGAAGAGGCCGCAAAAUUGUGUGUCACUGCAGCACCAUUUAUAAAAGCUAAUGUGCCGCAGAAAUAUCGACACAUAUUUUCUGUUAUGGUACGACAUGAAUUAGUGGAUGAGCUUCAGUUACAGGAAGAAAAGAAAACCUCCAUUAGCCUGGCCGUCACUUACCACAUUAAUAUGCUAAAAGCAAAAUUGGAUAAAAAUGAGUUACCUGAAGAUGUGAACCCAACUCUGAAGAAGGCCUAUAGACAUUUAAGUAAUUAUAAUCACCAGCGCUUCCCUUCAGUGAGAGAGGAAAAAAUUCUUUUGCUUUUUGAAUUGGCUCGUCUUUCUUUGACCUUGAAAUGUGAGGAGAUCUCCUCCGGCUGCCUGUCAGACUUGAAGGGGAUCGACAGCAAAGAUCCUGGGAAGCUGAUUGAAAUUGAAUGCCUGGAGUAUGAAUUAGAAGCUUUAAGACUUGAAAGUAAAGUUAAGAUCUAUGUCCGAGCAGCCGUUGAGACCCAGCUGAACAUGGUGCAGAGACUCGACGUGGCGCUGCGGCGAGCCGUGCGCCUGGCCGAGCCCGGGCUCAUCCACACAGUGUGCGCCACGCAAUGGAACAUGUGUCUCCCUUUGCUGCAGCACAACUUGCGGCACCACCUGCGCAAGCCUCUGACCAACGUCGCGGACAUCCUGGAGAAGGUGGACAGCCUCAUGGUCCUGCUCCGUUGCCAAGUGCACAUGGAGAUGGCGCACAUCGAGGAGGACGAGGACCGGCUGGAGCUGGCCAUGCAGCACCUGCAGAAGGCCAUGCUCUUGGACAGCCUGGGCCUCUACCAGGAAAAGCUCACCAUGGCCUUGAACCGGCUGCACCUGUGUACCAUGCUGUACCAGUCCCCAGAGCGUGCCGAGGACAAGGCCAUCAUGGCCAUUGAGCAGGCGAAGAAAGCCAUCCCAAAAGAUAGCGUCAGGAGGAAGCGGGCUCUGCUGGUGAAUGCAGGCCUGGCGCUGGCCCCUGACACCUUCCAGAUUGUGCUCGACAGCGAGAACGAGGCCAAAGUUUCCAUGGGGAAAAUCAGGGGCCGGUUCACCUACCUGUUUGCGAAGGCGCGGCACCACACCAUCAGUGUGGACAAAGCUGCCGGGCAUCUGCGGCGUCUGGGGAACGAGAACGACAAGGAGAGAAUCCAGAUCUGGGCAGAGCUCGCCAAAGUCGCCCGGAAGCAAGGUGUGUGGGAUGUUUGCCGGGCCGCCAGCCGCUUCUGCCUCCUGUACGACAACGUCAAGGUGAAGAAGGUGGCACGGCUGAAGAAAGGAAAGAAGAAGAAGGGUGGAGACAGCCUGGCCCAGGACGCCGUGGGCCAGUCGGAGGUCACCCUGCAGAGGCAGGUGUCCCCCAGCCUGCUCCGGAAGUUCGCCGAGGUGUGGUUCAUCAAUGCAGAGGCCACUGUCCACUUGCUGCACUCCGAGGGCGUGGAGCUAAAUAACCAUCCCCAGCCCCCGGAGGACCUGAGCCAGCACUCGGCCGGCUACACAGUCGAGUCCCCGGAGGACAGCUCGCAGUGGAUCACGUACCAGAACUGGAUCGAGAGUCUGUCGCAGAGCGCCAUGAACAGCUGGCUACGGUCCGCUGAGAUCGGACGAGAGAUCCAGGAGGACUGGAUCGUGCAGAACGCGGUGGUCUACGUCCUGAACCACAACCAGCACCUCAUCAUGGCCGGGAGGCAGAAGGAGCUUGUGGACGCCCUGGACCACCUUCUGAGCAUCGUCAAGGCCACGGGCCACAGCGGAGACCCCACCAUGCUGGUGGCGCUCUGCAAUGCGCUGGCCCGAGGCUUGAUGAUGACCUGGAUUCCAGCCCAAGUGCCAGAAAAAUCUAAAAGACCCGCGCGCUCAAACCUGUUUCACACGCCACUGGACUCGGGAGCCAGCUCCGAAGUGAGGACUGCCUUGGAGGUCUGCGAGUUUGCGCUGAGACUGACCGACGGCACUCUGCCCGAGGAGGUGGUGCCCACCAGCGCCCGGCAGCAACUCAUCGCCACCUGGGUGAAGGCCAAGCAGCUGCUGCAGCAGCAGAUCGGGCCGCGGCUGGGCAUGGACGAGCAGAGUCCCAACGAGGACAUCAACUUGGUGACGCGGGUCCUCGUCGCUCUGGAGAUGUACUCCAGCAAUGGGCUGGGCCUCAUGGACUUCACUGUGCCCCCCUUGGCCCAGUUGGUGAAUAUGGCUUCCGAGUGCACCUGGUCGGACCCCUUGGCGGAGCUGCAGACCCUGAUGCGACUGGCCCACUUCGCCCACGCGGCCCACGACUACGAGGGGACCAUGCUCUGCUCCCAGAAGGCCAUCCAGAUGGGCAUUAGGUACCUGAGGACGUGCAGCCCGGUCGAGACUGACCUGGUGGCAGAGAUGCUGAGCACAACGGCCUGCAUCCAGGGAAGGAGCAUCAUGGAGAACCUGAAGGGAAGAAAGCAGCUGCGCCUGGCAGCCGCCAAGGCCUUCAUAGACAGCGCCAAGUUUGGGGGCAUUGCAAGGAGCAGCGCCCUGGUGAUGCUGGCCGUAAGGCACUGCUGGAACACCUGGCUUCCGUUCCUGUCCUCUGCAGCCGACAGGAAGAAAACCAAGAACGUCAUACAGAAGGCCAUCAGCAUCAUCAACAAGACAGAAGCGACAAAGCAGGGGAAAGGGAAAGUGCUGCCUCUGCACCAGUGGCCCACGGCGGACUUCCACAGCGGAGGGAUGACAGAAGGUCAUUUUCUCCCAGGUGCCGAGGACGACCUGGCGCUCCGGGCCGCGCUCUACGGCCUGCUCUUCCACUGCCACGCGGACCUCGGCGACUGGGAGGGCGGCCUCAAGGUGCUGGACGAGGCUGUGCAGGUGCUGCCGCGGACCGCACACCGCCUCUUGAUUUUUAAACAUAUGGUCAUUGUGAAGGCCAAACUUGGCCAGAAUUUUAUCAUGGAAAUACAGAAAUUCAAAGAUGAAAGCGAAGACUACCUGGCUCACCUGUGGCACCGUCUGGCCUUGAACUCGAAGAGUGUGUACGGAGAGCUCGUCUGCUACCGCAACGCCAUCCAAGCCUUGCAGAAGCCAGAGAGUGAGUGGCAAAAAGUUGAGUACAUCAUGGAAUUCAGCGAGUGGCUGUAUUACAAGCAGUUUCCUAUGGAAGACGUGACUUUCCACCUGAAGUGGGCGAUUGACAUCCUGCUGCUGAUGACCCCUGCCAGUGACACACCUGAGCUGGCAGAGGAGCUCCUGUCCACUCAGGGAGCCCCAGAAGGUACAGUGUCCGAGGACGUGGGGACAGUCCCCUUGGAGAAGCUUCGGAAUGUGAGACAGCUGGAGGCGCUGGCCCGCGCCUGCACCCUGCUGGCCCUCAUGGUGUCCCCGAGCGCUGCCGACUACGAGGACUACUGCCUCAUGGCCUACACGUACCUCAGACGCAUUUGGGAGGUGUCUGUAUUAACAGCAGGAAAAGCAAUUUCAGAAAGUAAAACUCUAGCAGCAAGAGCUAGUUCACAUUUGUUAUUGCCUAAAAAAGAGAAGGAAAAGAAGGAGAAGGGGAAGGAAAAGGAGAAGGACAGAGAGAAGGAGAAGGAGAAGGACAGAGAGAAGGAGAAGGAGAAGGACAGAGAGAAGGGCAAAGACUCCAAGCAGCAUCCAGCCGAGCCUCCUGGCAAACAGCUUGAAGACUUGCCGGCAAGCAUAGAGGAGUGGGCUUCCUACUCCUGCCCUGAAGAGGUCCUGGCGGUGUUUAAACAAGAUAAGAGUGACUUUACCAUUAACCCGGCAAGCAUCCAGAAGCCGACAUACACUUUAUAUUAUCUGGACCAUUUGGUCAGAGCCCUGCAGAAGAUGUCGCUUUAUGAGCUCACCAUCCCAGUGCUGCAGUUGGGCGUAGUAAUCGCGGCCUCUGUGGUAGAAAGCAAGAGCCUCAAAGAUCUCUACCACCUGCGACUUGCCCUUGUUUGUUCUGAUUUGAAAUUGCGAGAAGCAGCUGCUUGCCAUGAAGAGGUGGCCGGGCAGACCUACAUCUAUGAACUGGAGCAGGCGAGCUGCAGAAAAGAAAUUGCCUUGAGAAAGGAGAAGAAUAAGGAACCUCUCUUAGAAGACAGUGUGCCGACGCUGGCUGAACCCAUAACCGCAGUGGAGCCCGUGCAGAUGAAGCCCCUCGUGGCCAAGGAUAAGCUCCUGAAGAUAAACGCAGAGACUGGGAGGGGCCUGGAAGGGACAUCGUUCCCCCAGCUGUGGGCCCUCAAAGCAGAAGUGCUGCUGGAGAUGGACCUGUACCAGCCUGCGAGGCUGCUGCUGUCGGAGGCCUACCUGGCCUUCCAGGGGCUUGAUGAUCCUUGUGCAGAAGCGAAAUGCCUGCACCUCCUAGCGCGGCUGGCAAACCGGGAGAAAAACCACGGGCAAGCCAGGAAGAUGGUGGAGCAGGCCCGGCGCCUGGGGGGCAGCGAGGAGUUCUGGUACAGCUCGGCCCUGACCCUGGCAGACACGCUCCUGGCCAUGGAAAGCAAAGGCAGUGAAGAGGCCUGCCAGUUGUUUCAAAGACUCAUAGACGCCUUCAGGGUCCUGCAGAAGGAAAGACCUAACCGAGUGCCCAUCCUGCAAUUUAUGAUCACAGACCUAGAAGCCAGAUGUGUGAGCCACCAGAUCCGGGCCAUUCAGGAACCAGCUGGCUGUGAGACUCCUGAAUGCUUGUUUCUGCUGACGGAGAUGCACGACCACUUGAUGGAGAUCGAGGAAAAGUUGGCUGCCUGGGGCUACAAAGAGAAUUGUGUGGACGUAAAACUAGAGCGCGCAAAGAUAAAGAGGUUAUGUGCCCAAAAUGAGAAAGAUGAAGAGCAAAAAACCGCGUAUCGCUUGGAGGCGUAUGACUUGGUCCAGAGAGCUGUGGCUGAGACAGAGGAGCUGUUCCUCAGUGUGCGGGGCUUGCUGUCCCUGCAGGAGGUGCAGAACAUCAACACGCCUCUGAUGAGGAAGCUGGUGCGCCUGAGGCUCAGGCUGGCCGAGGUGUCUCUGGACACGCUGCAGCUCGUGUGGGCGGAGGCCCAGGCCCGGCGGCAAGAGCGCGGCUCCACGGACAAGCUGCUGGCCGACUACCUGCAGAGCUUGAGCGACUACACCUCCGUCGGCCUGAAAUGGUUCACGCUGAAGCGGACUCUGGCCCACACUGCGCUGGCGCAGCUCGGGACCAUGCAUUCACUGUGCGCCGGCUGCGUGGACAUCCGUGCUCAGGUCCUGGGCCUCGCGGGGAAGGCACUCCGCCUGCUGGCCGUGCAGGCAGACCCCGUGCACCCCACCUACUACUGGGAGGAGGGCCUCUCGGCCAUCGCUGAGCUGAGCAACCUCACGCAUCUGCAGACCAUCCCAGAGGACAGGGCCAGCAAGGAUCCCUACGAAGACUUGUGGGCCUCGAGGUCUGCCGCUGAGGAGCACGGCAGGAAGGGCUCGGAUCAGCAGAGGAGGCUGGUGCUGGCCCAGCGGUACCUGGCCCAGGCCUCCGAGGUACUGCUGCAGUGCGUGCAGGUCGCCCUGGGCAGUGGCCUCCUGGACAUUGCUGCUGUGGCCAGCCUGGACAUGGUGGAGUGCACCGGCACCCUGGACCCUGCAGCCACCUGCCAGUUCCUGGCACUGUCUCAGAGCUGCUUGGCUUCCGAGAUGAUGCGGGAUGUCCUGUUCACGGCCACAGCCAACACCAGCAGCUCGCAGCUGGCGGCCCUGCUGCAGCUCGAGCACCAGCUGAAGCAGGAGGGGAGGAUGUCCACCAGCUUGUUUGCGAGCGUGGAGCAGAGGCUGGCUGUCAUUUCCAAGGCUUGGCAAAACCUCAGGGUCACUGAGCAGCAUUUUAACCUCCUGAAUGAAAUCCCGCCUACCUUUCGGGUCCUCAUCCUGCAGCUCUCGCGGGACCGGGCCCAUCUGUACUGUGCUGCCUAUGAGAGACCCAAGUCUAUCCCCGCGGCCAAAGGGAAGGUUCUCCAAGUGGGAGGCUCCUGCAAGGUGGCACGGGUGGCCGUGGAUCCAGACACCUUCUCCUGCCUAUUGGCCAGUACUCAGCAGUUCCGGGAGCUGACCCAGGCCGAGGUGAACAAAGAGGGCCUGGCCCCAAGCUCAGGCACGGAAUUGGAAAGUGUGUACCUUGAAAGGGAAGGACACUCUCUGCAGAAAUUCAGUGAUGUCCUGGCGUCCAUGGAGGAGUUCCUGCAGCCACUGUUUCCAGUGCUCAGGAGCCCUGAGGCCAGAACACAGAUUCCCGCGGCUGUCGCAGAUUCCGGGAAAUCAAAAGGCAAAGACAAGGAAAGGAAAGUGUCCCUGCCCCAUGCUCAGCUCGAGGCUGCAGACAACACCAUCCUCAUUGUGGACGAGCAUCUUCUGGGGCUGCCGCUGGAAGGCCUCUCGGUGUUUGAGGAGGGGAUGGUCUUCUCCGUGUCCCGAGAAUUCUCCCUGCAGAUGCUGUGUAAUCGUCUCCACAAAGAGGAGACAGCCGAGGGGCCCGUGAAGAAGGAGGGCAGAGGCAAGAAGAGGAGUCCGGCGAAGAAGGGACAGAAGGACACUCCGCCCCGGCUCAUCCCCCCGGACUGCCUCAUAGUCGACGCCGACAACUUCAAGUUCAUCGUGGACCCCUAUGAGGAGGCCCAGGGCAUAGAAAGGCUGACUCCUGUCUUCGUCACCCGGGAAAUUUUGGAAAGAUUCCGAGACACGUUCACCGCUCUCUGGGUGGGACAUCUGGGAAAUAAGCACUUCCCCAGCCAGGCCGAGUGGGAGCAGCUCCUGGGCACCUGCAGCGGCUUUUUCUUCUAUGGCAUGGAGAGCUUCCUGUCCCACAUACUGGUGGAAAGGUUGGCUGCCAUGAACCUACGAGAGUGCCAGAUGAUGGUCCUGCUGGGCCUGACUCGGUCCUACAAGAGCAUGCGGCGGCAUAUGGAGAAGUCAGAGAACAAGAGGUACCUGCUGUCCCCCUGCACCAGCUUGAGCCAGCAGCCUGGCCUCCACACACUGAAUAGGGGGGCGCCUGGGGGUCUAGGACUGACGGAUGUGCUCCCCAGGGAGUGUGCGGGGACAGAGUGUCCCUGCGUCCCAUGGGCAGAGCCCCAUGAGGGAGCCAACUCUACCAUCUGCCCAGACCCUUCCCUGGAGGAGUCUGGUUGGAGGGGGGUGCAGUGGAGGAAGGAGGGGAGCUCCAGCGGCAGACCAAGGCCUGCGGUGACUGGGCCAGGGGACAGAGGGCCGGCAGCCGGGAGGGCGCCCUGGCUUCAGAGCUCCCCACAUCACGUGCAGCACAGUGCCUGCGUGGGCUGCGAAGGUGGCGGAGAGUCUCAUGAUGGGUGCUUUGCCUCCCGACCCCACCGCAAGGUUGGGAGUGGUCCAGAGGGACUGACAGCACGCCGGAAUGCCCUGUCUUGUUAAAUGAC